AUGAGGCAACCAAGAGGCUAUGAAUUAGGAGAUGGAUGUUUAGUAUGCAAACUCACAAAGGCGCUCUAUAGUUUAAAGCAGGCAUCAAGGACAUGGUAUCACAAGUACUCUAUAGCUCUGCUGCAUCUUGGUUUUAGUGCCACAAAGUCUGAUGUUUCUAUUUUUGUCAGGUUUAAACAUAAUUUCACACCUUUUGUGCUUGUGUAUGUUGAUGAUAUAAUCAUCACAGGAGAUUCUGAAGGAGCAAUCUCUCAAGUGAUUCAGCAGCUAAAUGACAAAUUUGCACUAAAAGAUCUGGGUGAUCUGCACUACUUCCUUGAAAUUCAGGUCACUAAGACUAAUGCUGGUGGUCUAGUCCUAUCCCAAGAGAAGUACAUCAAAGAUUUAGUUAAAAAGGUAGAAAUAGAGGACUGCGAACCUUGUCACACACCCCUCCCAUCCUCAGUUACAUUCUCGGCCUUUGGUGGUUCAGUUUUUAAUAAUCCAAGGCUUUACAUAUCAGUUGUGAGGAACUUAGCUUACAGUAUCUCACUUGGCACAUUAAGCUUUGGUUUGCACCUACAACAAACAAGUGUCCAAAGAAUUGCGGCAUACAGUGAUUCUGACUACGGAGUUGAUCCAGAUGAUAGAAAAUCAAUUGUAGGCUUUUGUGUCUUUCUUGAAAGAAAUCUGGUGUCAUGGAGCUCAAAGAAGCAAGGUUCUGUUGCAAGAUCUAGCACUGAAGCUGAAUAUAGAGUUAUGGCAGACCUAGUUGCUGAAUUGAUUUGGAUCAAGAAUCUCAUGGUUGAAUUUCGAAUUCCACUCUCAACACCCCAUCAGUAUAUUGUGAUAAUCUCAGUGCAGUAUUGUUAA